UACGUUAUUCAAGAACUAAUAUUUUGUACACGUUAUUUAAGAACAAGAAAUCGGAACCGGUUACUUAAUAAUUGAUAUAUCUUAACCGAUAAGUUCUAAGGAGUAGUCAGGGAAUUUGAGCCAAUGAGAAGGAAGAGGCGUAAACGUCAUGAUCAGAGGAAAACUGGUUCCCUCCGUCAGAAACGUUAUCUUCCUUCCUCUGCGACUCUUCGCCAACUUGCCGUGGUUAUGAUAAUAUCCCCACACUGUUGAGAAACGCAUCGCUGUAAGCGAUAAGCAGAGAGCUCGCCGCACUUAACUAUACUCGAUACUCAACCUGGGCUGGGAACCUUACUCUGGUUGUUUCUAUAAUAUGAGUUUUUCACAAAAAAGUCAUCUAACUGAACAGGGUUUUGUUCACAUUGGAGAGAAACCUUUUUCUUGUGGUAUAUGCAACAAGAGUUUUUCGUACAGAAGUUAUCUAAUUGAACACAGUCGUGUUCACACUGGUGAGAAACCUUAUUCUUGUUGUUUAUGUAAUGUGAGUUUUUCACGAAAAAGUCAUCUAACUGAACAUGGUCUUGUACACAUUGGAGAGAAACCUUUCUCUUGUGGUAUAUGCAACAGGAGUUUUUCGCAACAAAGUUAUCUAAUUGAACACAGUCGUGUUCACACUGGUGAGAAACCUUAUACUUGUAGUAUAUGCAACAAGAGUUUUUCGCACAGAAGUUAUCUAAUUGAUCACAGACGUGUUCACACUGGUGAGAAACCUUAUUCUUGUAGUAUAUGCAAUAAGAAUUUUUCACAAAGAAGUCAUCUGACUAAACACAGCCGUGUUCACACUGGUGAGAAACCUUAUUCUUGUAGUAUAUGCAACAAGAGUUUUUCGCUAAAAAGUCAUCUCACUAUACACAGUCGUGUUCACACUGGUGAUAAACCUUAUUCUUGUAGUAUAUGCAACAAGAGUUUUUCAAGAAAAAUUGCUGUGACUAAACACAGUCGUGUUCACACUGGCGAGAAACCUUAUUCUUGUAGUAUAUGCAACAAAAGUUUUGCGCAAAAAAUGUCUCUAUCUGUACACCGUCUUGUUCACACUGGUGAGAAACCUUAUUCUUGUAGUAUAUGCAACGACAGUUUUUCGCAAAAAAGUCAUCUGAAUAAACACAGUCGUGUUCACACUGGUGAGAAACCUCAUUCUUGUAGUAUAUGCAAUAGGAGUUUUUCACAAAAAAGUGAUCUGACUCAACAUAGUCGUGUUCACACUGGUGAGAAACCUCAUUCUUGUUGUAUAUGCAACAAAAGUUUUUCGCAAAAAAGUCAACUAACUGCACACAGUCAUGUUCACACUGGUGAGAAACCUUAUUCUUGUAGUAUAUGCAACAAGAGUUUUUCUCAAAAACGUUAUCUAACUCAACACAGUCAUGUUCACACUGGUGAGAAACCUUAUUCUUAAAGUAUAUUCAAUAACAGUUUUUUCGCAAAUAAGUUAUCUGUCUAAGGACAGUCUUGUUCACAUUGUUGAGAAUCCUUAUUCUCUUGCCACAUGUAAAGAGUUUUUCAUGCAUAAGUCAUCUGACUAAACAUAGUUAUGUUUAUACUAGUGAAAAACCUUAUCUAUGCAGCAUAUGUAAUAAGAGUUUUUCACGUAGAGGUUAUAUGACUGAGCACUUUUUGCUCAUACUGGAGAGAAGCCUUAUUCUUGUUGUAUAUGUAUUAAGAAUUUUACUCACAACAGUAAUCUGUUGAAACACAGCAUACUAGUGAGAAACCUGAUUCUUGUAGUCAAUUUUUAACCCCCGUAUUCACCGUUGACACUAACCUACCGCGAAACCCCGGUUUGGAAAUAUUGACCACGAGUCGAAAAGUGCAUUUUUCAUUAUUUUUGGACAGUCUGUUUCCUAACUGGGGUUUUCUUAACUUGCACUCCGGUGUUAGAUUUACAUUUUUAUUAACUGUGUUUGAUUUCAAUUUUCACUGCUAUUUUUAAAAAAAAACAAUUUAUGGAAGAAUUAAAAAUGGGUUGCAUUGAGUGAUUAAAUUUGAAUAACUCUUUUACUGGACAAAUAAAAAAGAUGUUAAGUUUCGUUUUCCUAACUGAGUUGUA